AACCAUCUCACUAGACAUCACUCCCCAUCCUCCUCGCUGCCUUCCUCAACCUCGGAGCCGUCCUCGCCCUCGUCUUCGGACGAGAGAGCGCCGCACGCAUCCUCCUCUGCGCCCUCCGCGUCCAGCAGCACCUGCUCACGGCGUGUGGGUGUGAACAGCGUCUCUUCACACCUCAGGCCCUCCGCGUCCAGCAGCACCUGCUCACGGCGUGUGGGUGUGAACAGCGUCUCUUCACACCUCAGGCCCUCCGCGUCCAGCAGCACCUGCUCACGGCGUGUGGGUGUGAACAGCGUCUCUUCACACCUCAGGCCCUCCGCGUCCGGCAGCACCUGCUCACGGCGUGUGGGUGUGAACAGCGUCUCUUCACACCUCAGGCCCUCCGCGUCCAGCAGCACCUGCUCACGGCGUGUGGGUGUGAACAGCGUCUCUUCACACCUCAGGCCCUCCGCGUCCAGCAGCACCUGCUCACGGCGUGUGGGUGUGAACAGCGUCUCUUCACACCUCAGGCCCUCCGCGUCCUGCAGCACCUGCUCACGGCGUGUGGGUGUGAACAGCGUCUCUUCACACCUCAGGCCCUCCGCGUCCAGCAGCACCUGCUCACGGCGUGUGGGUGUGAACAGCGUCUCUUCACACCUCAGGCCCUCCGCGUCCAGCAGCACCUGCUCACGGCGUGUGGGUGUGAACAGCGUCUCUUCACACCUCAGGCCCUCCGCGUCCAGCAGCACCUGCUCACGGCGUGUGGGUGUGAACAGCGUCUCUUCACACCUCAGGCCCUCCGCGUCCAGCAGCACCUGCUCACGGCGUGUGGGUGUGAACAGCGUCUCUUCACACCUCAGGCCCUCCGCGUCCGGCAGCACCUGCUCACGGCGUGUGGGUGUGAACAGCGUCUCUUCACACCUCAGGCCCUCCGCGUCCGGCAGCACCAGC